AGAGAGAGAGAGAGAUGAUUGUGUCUGUGUGAUAGCGGGAGAGAGAGCGUCAGCCAGCAGAGAUACAUAUACAGAGCUCCACCGCGCGAGAGGCACAGUACCGCGAGAGGUCGGCUUUCCCUCGUCGCUCUCCGCUCGCCAGGACCCCAGGACGCGGAGCGGAGCCGCAGCGGACCCACACGGCGUCCCACAGCCUCCCCGGCCCGCCCUGCCCGCUGACACUCUGACGGUCGAACCCCCUGGUCUCCGUUCCCCGAGGAAACGCGGCGGGAGAUCUGCGGACAGCGCGACGCCAAGCGAGUGAACGUGAGCGCGACGCGGAGUGUUGUUGUGUCGCCUGCCGCUGUCAUCGCCCCCCUGCUCCGCCACGUCCCCCGUCCCUCCUCCUCCUCUCUCCUCCUCUCUCCUCCUCCCCCCGGUCCCCUCUGGAUGAGGGCUCGCUGAUUCAAGACAGGACCAAUCUCCUCGUGUCGUGUAGCGGACUACUCCAACUUUCACACGCUGCUGUGGCUUCUAUUUCUUCUGGAGGUUUUCCGUCUUGGAGUGAGAUCGUUUUUUUAAAUUAGGAGGAAGCGCCAACUCUGGAGAACCCCGCGACCCCCGGACACCGCGUCGCCCGCCGGUUGAUAACGGUCUUCAGCAGUGACUCGUUCCUCACGCUCCUCCGCCAGCAUCUUCUGUCUGGCCACGCUGGACGCCGGCCGUCAUGUGGCCCACAGGAGCGGGUACUCGGCCGCCGUGCCCGCGGGAGUCGGCGCUGCGCCGGGCGGCCAUCAGCGGGAACGUCCAGGCCCUGCCCCCAAACCACGUGCCCACCGGCCGCAGCGUGAGGGUCUUCAUCUGCGCCAACCCCGACGAAACGGAGGCAGAGAGGAAUGCUCUGAAGGAGCACGUCUACCCCAAGCUACGGGACUUCUGCAGGGAGAACUACGGCAUCGAGUUCCAGGUGGUGGACCUGUACUGGGGCGUGGACCCUGAGGAGUGGGACAAUCCGGACCUCCAGCGCCUCCGGAUGAAGCUCCUGGAGGAGUGUCUGAAGACCUCCGCCGGGCCCUGCUUCGUGGCGCUGGUGGGGGAGAAGUACGGCAGCCUGCGGGUGCCGGGGGAGGUGGACGCGGCGGAGUUCGAGAUGAUCCUGGACGCGGCGGUGGAGGUGGGCCUGGAGACGCAGCUCCUGGAGGAGUGGUACUGCCGCGACGAGAACUCGGUGCCGCCCGCCUACUACCUGAAGCCCAAGGUCCAGGUCCUGAAGAACUACCAGAACUCGAUGGAGUCCAACACGGCGGCCAAGGCCAAGAACGACAAGGCCUGGAGGAAAGUGUCAGACGAGAUCAAGGCCCUUUUCCGCACAGCUGUGUUGCACCUGCAGGAGAAGGGCAGCAUGAAGCCGGUCGACGCCAAGAAGUUCCUCUGUUCUGCCCUGGAGGAUGAGCUGGACUUCGCGCUGGGCAAGCAGACGCCCGCCUUCCUGCGCAAGUGCGUGUGCUACAUCCGCAAGAUCGCCGCCUUCGAGCGCUUCGCCAAGCUGCCGGAGAUGGCGCGCUACAUGGACACGGUGCCGGGGCCCGAGCGCGUCAUGAGGAACCAGGAGGCCCACGAGCGACUGCUGAAGGUGCGGGACGAGUUCAUCCCCACGGUGGUGGCGGCGUCCAAGCUGCGCGUGUACUCCUCCGUCACGCACUGCGACAUGAAGCUGGGCUACUCGCAGGAGGUGGAGAGCCACUACGUGGAGGGCCUGUGCAAGCAGUUCUACGAGGACAUGGUGGACAUCAUCCAGGCCACCGUGCAGCAGAACCUGGACGCCGAGACGGAGCCGCUGUACGACGAGCUGCUGCAGCACACCUCGCUGUGCCAGACGCACGCCGCCCUGUACCAGCACCGCAGCGAGCCCCUGGACGGCGUGCUGGACUACCUGCUGCCCGCCCAGGGGGGCCGCAUGAGCCCCCUGGUGGUGCACGGCGGGCCCUGCACCGGGAAGACCCUGCUGCUGGCCGAGGUGGCCAGGCAGGCCUACUCCUGGCUGCAGACAGAGAUGGGCCCUGAGACUGACCCGGUGGUCAUCGUCCGCUUCAUCGGCUCCACCCAGGUCUCCAUGGACCUCCGCACCCUCUUGCAGAGUAUCUGCGAGCAGAUCGCCAUCAACUACCGAUGCCUGAUCCACUUCCUGCCCACCAAGAUCCAGGAGAUGAGGGAGCUCCUGGUCAACCUCCUGGCCGAGGCCUCCUUCCAUCGGCCGCUGGUGAUCAUCCUGGACGCCCUGGAGCAGCUCUCUGAUGCUGACGAGGCCCGCAAGCUGUGGUGGUUCCCUGCCCACCUGCCGAGGACGGUGCGCGUCGUGGUCUCCACCUUGCCCAACAAGCACGGCAUCCUGCAGAAGCUCAGGCACCUCAUCCACGACGAAGGGCGCUACGUGGAGCUCAUCCAGCGGGAUCGGAAGGUUUGCAGCCAGACGCUCAAGCAGCAGCUGCUCAGGGUGAGGAGGAAAGUCACGUCGGGGCAGCAGAUCUACGUCAACGAGGCCCUCGCCAAGUGCACCUUACCCAUGUUCGUCAACCUCAUCUACAGAGAGGUGGUCCACUGGAGGUCCCACAAGGACGUGGAUGACAGGUCCCUGUGCUCCACGGUGCACGAGAGCAUCGAGAAGCUCUUCUACUCUGUCGAGAACAAGCUGGGCCAGCGAUUCGUCUUCAGAGCGCUGGGCUACAUCACCAUGGCCAAGGCAGGGCUAACGGAGCUGGAGCUUGAAGACAUUCUUUCACUGGACAACAUCGUCCUCGGCGACGUCAUCGUGGCAUCGUACCUCAAGAACCCCCUGAGGAUCUCCUACGACCUGAUUGCCAGGAUCAGAGAGGAGCUGGAGGGAUACCUGGUGGAGCGGCAGGUGCGAAACGUCACGCUCAUGGUCUGGGCCAACCGGCACCUCCACCUCAUCGCUCAGAAGCUGUACCUCAGCAACGAGGAGGACGUCCAUCAGAUGCACAGUCUCCUCGCAGAGUACUUCCUGGGGGCGUGGUCGGGAGGCAGGAAGAAGAUCUUCACCUACGACAACAACCACUUUACUUCCCUGAACAUUUCGCAUCACAAGAACCCACACCAACAGCCGUCCCAUGAGAAAACGUCCUCGGACAAAUACUCCUAUGACAGGCAGACCCCAGAGCAGCCUUGGGUGUUCCAGUGCAACCUCCUAGAGCCGGACAUCUUCUUCGUCAACCACAGGAAGAUGACGGAGCUGGUCUACCACCUCAGCAGGAGCGGCCGCACAGACGACCUCAUGUUCGGGGUGAUCAUGAACUUCAGCUGGCUCUACACCAUGAUCAAAAUUGGUCAGUUUGAAAAGGCCCUCACAGACAUCGACCUGGCCUACAGUUACUCUCAAGAGAAGGAGCUCAAGUUCUUGGCCACUACUCUCCGUAGCGUUAAGUUGAAAGUGAUGAAGAGCCCUGCUUCUUUGUCCGCCGAGCUGCAGCAAAGACUCCUGCCGGUGGUCACCUCUCUUCCAAAGCUAAGACACCUUCUGCUGGAGUGUGACAAAGAUGGCCCCAAGUACUGCUCCAUUGUGCCGCUGCAUUCCUCAAUGGACGUCACCUACAGUCCGGAGAGACUUCCCCUCUGCUCCAGCUACAUGCAGAUCGUCGAGAUCCUGCCCACCCUCGCCCCAAACAUUGUUCUGGUAGCAUUGGAGGAUGGGUCCAUAAGCACCUGGGACGUGGAGAGCAGACAACUCCUGAGACAGAUCGACACGGCCAGAUCUGUGGUGCUUGGCAUCCGGCUAACCACGGAUGAGAAGUACUUGGUAGUAGCCACAACCAAAAACACAUUGCUCAUCUAUGAUAAUCACAAGUCCUGCCUUCUGUCUGAGGUUGAAAUCAAGGGGUCCAAGCAUGGCGGUGUUGCUGGUGACGUGGCGUUCAUUAAUGGUUUCACCUUGUCCAGCCAUCAUGCCUUGGCCUGGCUUGAGGCCAGCAAAGAGGUCAAUGUAAUUGACCUGCUUUACGGUUGGCCGCUCUACCAGUUCCAUUGCUGGUAUGAGGUCACCUGUGUGCAAUGCUCUCCCGAUGGGAUGUAUGCCUUCUGUGGUCAGUACCUUAACAGUGCGACCAUCUUUCAUCUAGGGAACGGCGAUAAGUUAGCCACAGUGACAUCUGAGUUUUCCGGGGGCUUUGUCAAGUCCAUCCUUGUUCUAGACACCAUCAACCAGAUGGUGAUGGUUGACAACGAAGGCAGUCUUUCGGUUUGGAACACCAAAGACAUCAAUAACCCAAGGUUGAUGGAGGAUUACGAUUGCCGAGGGGAUGAGAGCGAAGUGGUGAGCAUUGAGUUGUCUGAGGACCAGCGCUCGAUUCUCAUCUGCAAGUCCAUGAGCAUUGAGGUCCUGGACACCAAGCUAUGGAAGAUGGUAGAGAAGUUCAAAGCCAAACGUACAGAGCUUUUUGUGGCCGCUGUUCUCUCCAAGAACGGCCAGAGCAUCGUGGCCUCCAUGGAGAACACCUCCUCCAUCUUUGUAUGGCGGAGAGACAGUGGACAAUGCAUGGCCAGUUUGAUUGAGAUCUCGGGGGCUAUUGUCAAACUAAUAAAGUCCACCCACCACAAUCUGCUGCUCUCUGUAGCCAGUAGCGGAGUGCUCUCGGUCUGGGACAUUGAUAUCAUCACAGCUAUGUCCAACAUCGAUAAAACAGGAAAGAAGAUCCAGACACUGCAGUUGUCCGGCAGGGAAGACUAUGUGUUUACCAUGGAUGGUUCAGAGGCAAUCCACAAGUGGAACUUCAACACAGGCUUCAUCGAAACCAUUUUCAAGCACGAGGGCAUCGUGGAGAACUGUGUCCUGACCUCCUCAGGGGAUCUCAUGGUUACCUCAGAUGACAAGUGCUGCCAGUACAUUUGGCAAACCGGCACCGGAGAGAAUAUCUUCCGCAUCAAUGGGCAGAGGAUAUCUCAGCUCCUGAUCACCCACAACGACCAGUUUGUUGUGUCCCUCUGCGAGCAGAACGCCUCCAGGGUCUGGAGGUUGGCCACCGGGCAUAAGGUGUGCAACAUCUUAGUCACCCUCCAGAAUGCACUGAUCACCACUGCCAACACUUUCCUUGUGGGAACAACGAAGAACAAACUCCUGGCCGUAAGCCUCUGGUCAGGCAGCGUGUCAAAGAAGUUUGUCUGCGACGAUGGCAUCACCAUUAUCAACUUCAAGCUCAUUCCCGACUGUCCUGAUUGUGUGGUGUUCAUAACAUCUACAGAGACCGUCUUCAUUUGGAGCGUGGCGGACGAAUCUGUCUGCAGGAGGGUCCAGUUGCCGACCAACUUCCUUAAGAACCUAGAAGACUUCCAGAUUUCACCCAAUGGGAAAUUAGGUAUCGUCUCCAAGGGCGACGAAAACAUCAACGUCCUGGACCUUCACAGUGGGAAGCUGAGACUGGUCCACGCCGCUGGCAUGAUAUGGCGACAGAAGCUCUCCCGAGACGGCCGAUACCUGGUGUACAUCUGCUUCCACAACAGUGACGAAGACGACGAGGCUGGCGUGGUCUCCAACCUGAUCGUGAUGCGCUUGGCCGACGGCAAAAGCAUCGGCACGUGUUCGCUUUACAAGACACCCACCUAUCUCUGCCUUUCCCAGCGAGCGCUCAACAUAAUCAUCGGCUUCGAGGACGGCAGCAUUGGCACGUACACGGUGGUGGACCGUGUGGACGCUGCGCUCAAGAUCAAGAUCGCCACCUCUAACAGCCGACAGAUAGUCAACAACGCCUCGCAGAAAGUGCGCCCCAAGUGCGGAAACCACUCUUUUAAGACGAUCGCUGACUGCAUCUGGAGGGAGUCCACAGAGAUCUUCUCGAGGGACAGUCCUAUCAACGUGUCAGACUCUGGCGAGGCCGAGACCAUAGCUCCCUCCAAGAAGAGCGAGUUGCUGCAGUGAAGAGAUGGUUAAUGGCGAGGGAUGUGAUUAAUGUGAAGGUCGAUGGAGUUGUAGGGUUCCCUGUUUACAGCCAAGUAUGUCCGCUGCAGAUUUUCAGCCCGCUGGGUAGUUUCUAGGUUGAACACAAUUACCGCUGCAUUUGUCAUAUAUUGCUUGACUUCCAACUUGAUGUAAUUAUAUUAUUUUAUGUGUUACACUUGAAGACUGUUCAAUUAAAUCUUGGGGUUUUUUGUUUGUAUCUUUUGAAAAAAAAAUAUAUUGUUUGUGGUAUUCGUUUGCCAUUUUGUGCCCUUUCAGCAUUUGAAGUUAUGAUUCAAAUGUCGUGGCUAAACAUGUCCAAAGCCAUUCCAGUGAAUUCCACCAUUCUACUUUGAACAUUUUGAUCUAGUUCACAUUGUGCACAUUAAGCCAUAAUGUGGUAACCACAGGUAUAUUUAAGUUUGUAUGUUUGUAUUUACAUCAGUUGGUAUGGUAAAAAAAGAAGAACAAUGAAUACUUGUACAUAUCUUUUAAUGGCUGCUGCAGUUUUGUGCAACUCCUUAAAAUUGUUAUGUUGUGCUUAAUGCAAUCAAAGUGAGUGCCUGGAAUACAAAUGUGAUAUUAUGUGCAUAUUAGAUUACAAGAAUUAUGAAAAUGCAGGGAAUUUGUAAACACAACAUACACAAAACCUACACAGAACAAAAUACAUGGUUCAUCAUGGUAAAAUUAUAACCGAAAUGAUCAUUAUAUUGAAAAAUUAUUCCAAUUGUGUCAAUGGAUUUUUUUUCCUAUGAUCAUUAUCGAUGAAUUAUUUGCUUACAUUUACAUAUGAAAGUGGAGGUACCUGCAUUUUCCAAGGCUAUGAAUAACCGUAUGGUAGAGUUUACAGAGCAUACUACAUAUGCAUAUAACCAGUGUUCUUACUUUAGAACAAGCGUUGAGUUGGGCUUGGUCUUAAACAUAUUAAGUAGAAGAAGUCCGAUUAUUGUCUUAUAUAUCUUAGCCACAAUCCAUUAAAUCAGUCACAAAAAGUUGACUUUAUGUAGACUUUAACAUCACAUGAAAUAGAAAAUGAUCUAGAAAAAAAGUGUGAAGUGAUAAAAGGCUCUCUCUCUCUCUCUUACACACAGACACACACACACUUACUACAUCGACAGCUUUAAACAUCCACAUGUGUAGAAAUAAGCACUUAAAAUGUCAUGAAUUGGCAUGAAAAAAAUGCUCAAAUAAAGGUUUAUUGUGACAACAUUUGUGGAGUUGGUCAUGAUCGCUGGAGCUGUAUCUUGCUAGUACUAGCAUGUUUGCUAGCUUGUUUUGGUGGUUUAGUUCUACAUCGAUAAAUAUUCAUCAUCAUACAUUACGAGUUCCUAUUCAUAUAUAAAAAACGAAACUUCUCCCAUCAAGGAUAUGAAAUCACAAAAAAAUCUGAACCUGUCGCACUUUUACAUGUAAUGUUAAAGGGCUAAUCUGUCUUAUAUUGUACGCUUACCUCUGUUGUUUCCUCUGGCCCACUUUUGAUCUUUUGAGAACUGUAGCAUUAUUGAGCUUUAAAACGACUUAAUUCAUUUUCAAAAUCCUCAUUUUAUAAAUUGAGAAAUAUCAUUCCACGUAUUUGCCAAAGUUGUCUUUUAAGUUUCGUGUUUUGAUUGGUUGACGGAUGUUGGAUUUGCUUUGAAGGCCUGUCUCAGUGUCACCGCGUGGUGAAGUUUAAAACAAAUAUGAUAAGUGAUAAGUUUAUCUGAGUCACCAUAAAAUAUAUUGGAAUGCCAACUGAAGAGUAUAUUUGAAUGUGUCCAUACGAAAGUCACGCUAUUACUGUAUGUUAUGUAACUUGAAUGACUUUAUAACUUCAAUGUUUGCGACUCCUGGUUGACAUACUGGUAAUGAAUGUUUCUAUAGUAUUCUUUGUAUUGUCCAGACUGAUCUACCUGUUUAGAGAUUUAUAUUUUCAUAAAUGUUGUACCUACAUUUUGUUACAAAGUUGUUUAACUGGAAUUCUGACAGAAAUGAAAAACGUAGUUACAAAGCAAUAUGAACUAGUGUGUAUGCAUUGUUUGUAUGAAGCCUUUUAACGUAAUAAAAUGGUUAAUUUCCUUGCCUC